AUGAGGAAGACGCUUAAGCACAGAAUUCGAAGCUUCAAAAUAAGAAUAAGCUCAAUUUUAGCACCAAGAGAGAAGGCAGAUUGUGUGGUGAUAGGAGCAGGUGUCGUGGGCGUAGCACUAGCGAGAGAGCUUGCUCUCAAGGGUAGAGAGGUAUUAGUGGUGGAUUCCGCCUCAAAAUUUGGUGCCAAUACCAGCUCUUGCAAUAGCCAAGUCAUUCACGCUGGCAUCUAUUACCUGCCCAAUUCCCUCAAGGCUUUGUUUUGCGUGAGGGGAAGGAAGUUGCUCUAUUCUUAUUGCCCUGAACAUGGGAUUCUAUACAAACACAUGGGCAAACUCAUAGUCGCUACUUCACCUGCAGAGAUUCCAAACUUGUAUCAACUAAUGAAUCGUGCAGCUCAGAAUGGUGUGGACGGCUUGAGAAUGUUGGAGGGUUUUGAAGCCAUGAAAAUGAAACCUCAAUUGCAAUGCCUCAAGGCUUUAUUUUCCCCUGUUUCUGGGACUGUUGAUGUGCAUUCUCUUAUGCUCUCUUUAAUGGUAAUGAAUACCUUUUGCUUUUUUCCUUCAAACCCCACCAUGUUGCAAAGCAAAUCCCAAUCUAGACCCUAUUCGCAAUCACUGAUUUUGCCCCUUCAGCCUUUGUUGGUUGCAAGCCGUCGGCCUCGUUGGCCUUGCAUGUACAUUAACGGUAAGAAUGGAUGGAAGUUUUUAUAUUUAGAGGGAUAUGAAGCGAUUCUGAUUCAAAUUUUUGCUUGCUGUGGAGAAUUCGAGUUCUGGGUACUAAGUAGAAGUGAAGGGGCGGAGAUUGACGGUGGCUGUGAAGUAUUUGGUAGGGAUUUGACUUUGGCGUGUGCUUUUGUCAAAGUGGGCAUUUGUUUCUUGUUCUGUAGUGGAAUUUAA